AUGGUCCUGUCCGAUGCAGAGCGCGACCUCAACCGCAAAUUCCUCAUCCAGCCCUCCAAAUUCAGCUACCGCUUCACCGAUGCCGCCGACCGUGACCUGCGGAUAACACUGUUCAGAUCUCUGGCCGGAGGACGUGAGGACUAUCUACGAUACUUUUUCCCUAACGGAACCCCCUCUGACUCACAACCAUGGUCUCUCCGCAGUGCGCAAGGCGCGGUGGAUGGCGCGGAGUACUUGCCAGCUGCAAAGGGAACUGCCUGCGGGCWCAUCUUUAGGGUGGGGGAGAACACAUACUAUUGCAAGACAUGCGCCGCGGACGAUACAUGCGUGCUGUGCUCCAAAUGCUACGAAAGCAGCGAUCAUGAAGGGCACAUGGUCCUGAUCUCAACGUCAACCGGCAACAGUGGAUGCUGCGACUGUGGAGAUGCAGAAGCGUGGAAGAACGAAGUGCGUUGCUCCAUACACACGGCAGAUGUCGACCGAGGGCCUCAGUCAAAGUCGAGUGGUAAAGAGAGGGAGAAGCCUUCUUCGCAGAAUGCAAGUCAGCUUCCCCAGGAUCUGGUCGAGUCUAUCAGGACGACGAUCGCGAGGAGUGUGGACUACAUGUGUGAUGUCCUUUCAUGCUCGCCUGAGCAGUUGCGUCUUCCCAAAUCCGAGACUUCGAUACGCCAGGACGAAAGACUCUCGCGGCUGUCGGGUGUGUAUGGGGAAGAGAUACUACAGGCCAAGCCCGAGUUCGCACUCAUUCUUUGGAAUGACGAGAAACACACCGUCGACGACGUGCAGAAUCAGGUGGCAAGAGCUUGCGCGAACACCAAGAGAUUUGGUUUCGAAAAGGCGAUGGAGGUCAACGACAUUGGCCGUUCAAUCGUGCAGUUUUCCACUGAUCUAGGAGCGCUCCUACACAUGGCCGAAGUAAUCGAACAGAUCAAGGUCACUGUGACCAUUCGAUCCUCGCGAGACACCUUCAGGGAGCACAUGUGCGCAACUAUCAUCGAUUGGAUCUCGGACAUUGCCAACUGCGGGGUGGGGGAAAAUGAGCCCUAUCUCUUGAGGAAUAUUGUGUGCGAAGAGCUUCUCAACCCGUGGCGAGUAGGAAGUCAGGCGAUCAACAAAGACAUUGGCCAAGCCGGCAUCGACGAUCACGAGGUGGAAGACAACGAGGCAUUCCUGAGCCGGCGGAGGCUUCGAGCGUGGAUGCAACCUCUGAGACCUGCUGCGAACGUCAUACGCGUGGAGGUGGAACUUGACGAUACGACCAACGAAGACGACGAUGAUGAGAACGACGUUGACGAUGACGAAUAUGACGAUUUUGAUGAUAUGGACAUCGAAGAGGACAAUGACAUGGAUCUAGAAGUCGACGAAUCUAGGAUAGAUGCCGCGGACAUGGACAUUGACAUUUUGGAAGAGGCCGACGAUGUAACCGAGUCGCUAGAAGCUGCUCUGGGAGGCUACCCACCACCACCGCCUCCUCCUCCGCGAAGCCACAACAGACGAAGAAUCACGACACCUGCCGAAAGCGACGACGGCGAAGGCGAACAGGUGCGGCCGCCAUACAAUGCUCCGUAUGAGAAUGUCCCGGCUACACCCAAGCUUGCGAGACCACGCCGCAAUCGACCCAGCAAGCACUGGCUUGAGAAGCCUCAAGGUUUCAGAGGGCCUCGACCAAGCGAGCCGUGCGAAGAUCUGUGGCAGCGAGUGCGACUCGAUUUCUUGAUCCUCUAUGACUUGAGGCUGUGGAAGAUUCUUCGAAUCAACUUGCGACACCUCUACAUCACCACAGUUGUCACAAUACCCCACUUCAAGCGCAUAAUCGGAUUGCGGCUUGCGGGUCUCUAUACGGCUCUUGCUCAGCUCUACCUCAUUGCAGACCGUGAGCCGGACCACUCUAUCAUCAACCUGACGGUACAGAUACUUACCACCCCAACCAUCACCCAGGAAGUAGUCGAGAGGGGCAAUUUCUUGACGAAUCUCAUGGCAAUUCUAUACUCCUUCCUCACAACCCGUCAAGUUGGCUUUCCCGAGGAUGUCAGUAUGAGGGCAACAUUGGCAUUCGACGCCGGUGCAGUUACGAAUCGCCKAAUCUUCCAUUUCUUUAUGGAUCUCCGGUGGUUGUUCCAGUCCGAAUUCGUACUUUACAAGAUUCGCAACGAGCCACGCUACUUGCUUCAAUUCCUGGAUCUGGUCAAGUUGCAUCAAGGUGUAUGCCCAAAUGUGCGCGCCACUGUUGAGCAUGUUGAGUACGAGUCCGACGCGUGGAUCAGUGCCAGCUUGAUCGUCAAGGAGGUCAACAAGCUGUGCAAAUUCAUUGCGGUCGCCUUUGAGUCCAGUCCUACCUCUGAUGAUGGCAACAGAGCGCUCCAACGUGCCAUCCGUACGGUUGCGCAAGUUACCAUGAUCAACUCGUUUGGCUAUGAGCGAAAACGAUUCAGCGCUGCCGAGGUCAAAGAUGAUCUUGCCUGGCAUCAAGUCGGCCCCUUUGAAGCUAAUGGGAAACUCUACAGCGUGCCCAAGUUUGUGGUGCAGGAAGAACCUAUCAGUUUCCACCAUCCGCUACAUUACCUCCUCUCCUGGCUGGUGGAGAAUGCUAGGAGUGUCAGUCGUGACGAGAUGCGAACUCUACUGCACUUUGCGCCAGAGGACCUCAAGGACCCUUUCAACGCGACCAAGACCGCGCCUGCGCCGGCCACGCUGACCUCCGAUGAACUGCUCAGCGCCAUCUUCGAUCAUCCUCUACGGACGUGCGUCUGGCUGUCUCAGAUGAAGGCAAGCAUGUGGGUCAGGAACGGCAUCACGCUCAGACACCAAGCACACACCUAUCGUAAUGUUUCGCACCGAGAUGUGGGGUAUCAGCGCGAUAUCUUGCUAGUCCAAGCCGGCCUGGUACUCUGUGGCGAUGAGCACGAGCGUCCAGGAGAGAGGUUCCUAGCCCAGAUGAUUGAUCGAUUUCAGGUGGGCAACUGGGUCAAGGGAAAUUUCGACCUCAUCCCUGGCUUCGAAGAAACACAACAGCUAGACGUGAUUGAAGACUUCCUUCACCUCCUGGUCAUUGUUCUCUCCGAACGGGGAAAUCUCCUGCCGAGCGUUGAUGAGAUGACGCAACACGACAAAGUGCUCCAGCACGAUAUCGCGCACGCUCUAUGCUUCAAGCCGCUGUCUUUCAGCGAGCUGGCAAGCAGAGUCACUGAAAAGGUUGGCGAGUCGGACGAUUUCACACGUGUGCUUCACAGCAUGACCAACUUCCGCGCACCCGAAGGACUCAGCGACACUGGCACAUUUGAGCUGAAGUCAGACUACAUCGAGCUUGUCGAUCCAUACUACGCUCACUACUCUCGCAAUCAUCGCGAAGAGGCAGAGAACAUCUACAAGAAGCACAUGGCGCGCAAGCUUGGCAAGAAGGUCGAGGAUGUUGUUUAUGAGCCGCGCCUUGAAGCAAUCGACAGUGGCUUGUUCGCCAACCUUGCUGGUUUUACAUCCACUCCUCUUUUCGUGCAGCUACUGGGUGCAGCGUUUCAAUUUGCAAUCAGCGCCAAGCGGGCCGCGCCCAAAGUGCAGUCUACACGGGUCGAGACUUUCCUUCAUAUGGUAUUGCACCUUACCAUGCUUGCCGUGAUGGAAGACAAGAGUGCGAGAAGUGCUGACAGCGGGUUUGUGUUUCACGCUGCUUCGUCUGUAUGCAGCUACGMCACGUCUGAUAAAACCGAAGGCAACCCGUCCACGGAGCAGACGAGUCUGGUCAAGCUAUUGCUCGAGACAUCCCACCAUGGCGAGUAUACCUCUUGUCACCCUGCUAUCAAACAUGUACUCUCGCGGAUGGAAGCCUGUCAGCCUGAAAAGGUAGCCGCCGCGACCGGUCUGMACAGCCUCGAUCGCUUCCUUUGCCGUGGUGAUUCUGGAUCUCCAGCGCCUCUCCCAGCCGAAGACAAAGAACGCAGAAAGCAGGAAGCCCUCGCCCGCCAAGCUAAAGUGAUGGCUCAGAUGAAGCAGCAGCAGAAUAGCUUCUUGCAGAAUCAGGGUCUGUCAAGCUUUGAUGAUGAGCUGGAUGACUUUGAGGACGACAUGUCUGUUACUGAUGACGCGGAAAAUGUCGAGCGCCGUAAGACAUGGAGUUUCCCGACAGGUACCUGCAUUCUUUGUCAAGAAGAGACCGACGACCAGCGUCUGUACGGAACCUUUGCCUUUCUCGGGGAGAGCAACAUCCUCCGCUCGACUCCUGUUGAGAACUUUGAGUACGUCAAGGAAGUUGCUGCUACCCCUUUGAGUCUCGAUCGCUCUGCAGAGGACAUUCGUCCAUUCGGCGUGUCUGGUGACAACAAACGGAAAGUAAGAAAGGAAGGGGCCAACGGUCGGGCCAUCGUAACCGAAAGACAAGAGUUGUCUAGAGGUUUCCCACACCAGAAAGAGGGGAUCAAGGGGCCUGUUGCUACCAGCUGCGGCCACAUCAUGCACUUCAACUGCUUUGAGCUGUACCUGGCAGCUACGCAGCGUCGUCAUUCACAACAGAUCGCACGCAACCAUCCCGAGCGAGUCGAGUGCAAGGAGUUUGUCUGCCCACUCUGCAAAGCCUUGGGCAACACAUUUCUUCCCAUCAUAUGGAGGGCGAAGGAAWGCGCACAUGAGCAUGAAGUUCACGCUGCAAAGACGUUCCAGGAUUGGCUCAACGAUGCUGACUCAGCCUACGCCGCCGACCUCUCAUUCUUGGACAAUGACGAUGCGGGCUCUGCUAUUACUCGAAAUCAACAGGUGCGCGAUUUUCACUCGCAGCGACUGGUGCCAUAUGUGGCGAGCAUGUUCGCGCCAUCUCUUGUACAGCAGGACAUGCAGGACCUCUCACUGGAGAGCCAGCCUGCAAGUCAGACUAGUCGUCGCCCUAAUUUCAGUGCGGCCGCUGUCAGUCUGUUCUCCAGAUAUGUUGGAGCACACCCAAACCAUACUCAGACCCCUCAAUCACCGUCCACGGGAGAAGGUCGGACAAAUGACCUCUGCCUUGCCUACCGCCGCAUUGAAGAGACCAUCAGGGUCAAUGGUCUGAAUGGAGCGCAUACCGGGCUUGGGAAUGCUGUCGGUGUCAUGUCCCGCUCCCUUGGAUUGUCCAUCUCAUCGUUUGAGAUCACAUUUCGGGGCGUGAACAACAGCCCCAGCGCUACGACAUUGAUCGCCGAUAUGCCAGAGCAAGUCCUGACCCACCUCCGCAUCAUGUCCGAGACGAUCGAGUCGUACCUCGCCGUGAUGACGUUGCCAACUGGUCCUAAUGCCAUUGCACGCGAGACGAUCCGAAAACGGGACAUUAUGGCUGUGCAGCUGUUCGGCGAAGAGUCCGAAGCACGCAUGGUGAACCUGAAAAACAUGACUGGAACAUUGCUAUUCCAGGAUGACAUCUUCCUCUUCUUUGCCGACUGGCUGUCGUACAUGGCACCAGAUGUUGCAGAGGCCGCUUCCAUUCUGCGAAUCUGCUAWUGGGCAGAGCUUGUCAAAGCGAUCUUUGUGAUGCGCAGUGUGGUGAGAGAACAAACCGAUCUUCGACAUGGCAACGAGCCGAGCAAUCAACAGUUGAAGCAUGCGAUUGAUGCAAUGCAGUUGGACGACAACUAUGGCGACCAACCACUGGACGAUGCUCAAGUCGCCAUUUUGCGCGUGAUUCUUGACAAAUAUGCCCUGGCCUUCUUGCGCAAAUCUGCCGUGCUGAUGGUGAUACGAUAUGGUCUUGAUCUCGAUUGCCCCUACAACGUCAAUUCAGAAGCCCCGGAAUUGGAACGACUGACAGCACAUUUACACCUGCCUUCGCUUGACGAAAUCUGUGCCAUCUUUACGUCUCAGAGCACCGCGGGCCACAAGCUACGAACCAUUACCGGCCGUUGGAUCUCGCAAGCAAUUACCAUCACACGCCACGAGUUGGCCAGUUCAGACACCUCCUCGACGUCAAUCACUGUGCCACACCCAGCAAUAUUCGAACUGGUCGGUCUGCCAAUGAACUACGACGUCCUCACAGAAGAAGCCAUUCGUCGCCGAUGCCCGACUACUGGCAAAGAGAUCACGGACCCAGCAAUCUGUCUUUUGUGUGGUGAGAUCUUCUGCUCACAAGCCRUCUGUUGCAUGGAUGACAAACGUCUCGGAGGAUGCUAUCAGCACAUGGAGAAGCACGGUCUCAAAGUCGGAAUUUUCAUCAACAUCAAGAAGUGCAUGGUGCUUUGCCUUCACGGGCCUGGCAGUGGCAGCUGGCUACCAGCUCCCUAUCUUGAUAAGCAUGGCGAGACGGAUCCGACAUUACGCAGACAUCAUCAGCUGUUCUUGAACCAGAGACGUUAUGAUAAAUUAUUGCGGGAUGUGUGGUUGAAUCAUAUGAUCCCUACGGUCAUAUCGAGAAAGUUGGAGAGUGACAUCAAUCCUGGCGGAUGGGAGACAUUGUAG